CCCGUCCUCUUCGAGUGGCUCUACAGCGGCUUCAGCAGCGUCCUGCAGUUCCUGGGUCUGUACAAGAAGUCUGGAAAACUCGUGUUCCUGGGCCUGGACAAUGCGGGCAAGACCACGCUGCUGCACAUGCUCAAGGACGACAGGCUGGGCCAGCACGUCCCCACGCUGCACCCCACGUCGGAGGAGCUGACGAUUGCUGGGAUGACUUUCACGACCUUCGAUCUGGGUGGACACGAGCAAGCUCGCCGGGUCUGGAAGAACUACCUGCCGGCCAUCAACGGCAUCGUCUUCCUGGUGGACUGCGCCGAUCACUCGCGGCUCAUGGAAUCCAAAGUGGAGCUUAACGCGCUCAUGACAGACGAAACAAUAUCCAACGUGCCAAUCCUUAUCCUGGGCAACAAGAUCGACAGACCGGAGGCCAUCAGCGAGGAGAAGCUGCGGGAGAUCUUUGGGCUGUAUGGACAGACCACGGGGAAGGGCAACGUGCCGCUGAAGGACCUGAACGCGCGCCCCAUGGAGGUGUUCAUGUGCAGCGUGCUCAAGCGGCAAGGCUACGGCGAGGGCUUCCGCUGGCUAUCGCAGUACAUUGACUGAUCC